AACAAGCAAGCAGCGAUGGCAGCAGCAGGUCAUGCAGACUUGCUGGGGCCGCGGCCCGGCGACGAGCAGAGCGCCUCUGCGGCGGCGGCGCCUGUCGACGCCGCUGACGCCCCAGCGAUGGCGACCCCCGUCAGGUCCAAUGCAGCGGCCUCGGUGACCGACGGCAGCCUAGCCGCGGGGUCACCGGGCACCAGCUCAGGGUCACCAGCCGUCGCUGCGCCGCUGGCCUCUGCGCGCAUGGGGCCCCGCAAGAAACUUGCGCAGGACGUGCGCCUGUCGCAGGGCAAGGCGCUGAGAUUGAUCAAGUCGCUCUCGAAGGAGAUCGAGGAAUCUGAUAAC